UGAAGUUUGAUUGAUUGAAGAAAAACAGCAAACAUUGGAAAUUAUUAUAAUAGAGAAUUGAUUAAAUAUUGAAUGUAAUAGUCAAAAAUGAACUGUGCGACGUGUGAAGGUAAAUCCGAGGAAACGUCUAAAUGUGUUUUAAAUGCGCUGGACACAUUAAAAACUCACUUUCUAAUGAUGCAGAGUUUGUGUGCAGAGAAUGCCAAUACGAUUAAUUUAUUAAAGCAGCAUAAUGAGAAGCUGCACAAUGCCAUCGACCUGUUGCAACAACAGCAGGAGCAGUGCUACAAAUCAAGCCCCAAGCGUCGCAGAUUUUCACCCAAAAAGUCACAGCAAAAACAACAACAACGCUCAAGUAGCUUGCCAGAGACUGAUUCCCCAAAAGUGCCUGAAAGUCAAAGCUCGUUGAAUCUGAAUAUAGCUUUGCAAUUGGAUGAUGAAGAGGAGGAAACUAUAACAGAAACGGAGCCACCGAUCAGUCCCUACAAGCCAUGGGUCACACGGCGUAAGUUUAACAAGCUGAAUUGCGAGAAUGAGCGUCCAGAUAGCACAAUUAAGUCCGAUAAAAGAAAUGAUUGGCUAUGCAAAGUGCCCAAAGACAAGACCAAAAUGUCGCUAACACUGCGAAGCAAUUCCCCCAGACUGAAGCAAACGCGCUUGCAUUUUGAUGCCGGCAAGGCCAACAAUGAUAGUCGUGAUAAGGACGUUAUCGAGGCCAGUCCCAAUUUGUAUUCUACGCUGAAACAUGCUAAGCAAUCUCGUUCGCUGUUACAAAGACCAGACAGCAGCAGCGUCGUAGACGACAACUGCACCGCCGGCACUUCCAAGAAAAGCUCUAACAAGAAUCAGCCCGUUUUUGAUAUGGAUGAUGACGAUUCGUUCUUUGAAUUAUGCCCAGAUCCGACAUUGCCAAAGUCACCAACAGGACUCUUGCCCCCUUUAAGCGGCGCUUCAGAUACGUCCAGCGUUGUGAUGCUUACACCUGCCACACAGGAUAUUGUGUUCAUAGACGACAGCUUUGAGGAGACUAACCAGCCUUUAAACACCAUGGACUUUAUGGCGGAGGCCAUUAAGGAUAAUGACAAGGUCUCAAUGACAAAACUACAGGAAUACGAAGCAAAACUUAUCAGGGAACAAAAAAUGGCAGCUGCAAGAGAAAAAACCACAACGUCUGUGAAGUCAAUGAAUGUAAAAGUUGAGCAGUUGACAGAGCAGCCAAGUGGUAUGGGCAAUGAGUCCACCAAGCUGCCAGAAGAUUUUGAAAUUGAGGAAGACGAAGACGAAGUGGAGGAAGAUAUCAUUCCGCGACCCAUUGUAAUUAAGCAGGAACAUGAACCGAGCAUUAAGGAACAAUACAAUAUUGAAUGCGAGCAGUGCAAUAAGUUUGUCAAUUUCAUGGGCUCAAAUAUGACAGAUGUUCAGAUACGCGAAUAUCUGAGUAAUUGCAGACAUUUUGAUCAACGCGAAUUGGACAACAACACGCCUGAUGGGUUUUGGAAUCCGCAUUUGGUUUCGUUUGCAGAAGACGAUCCUCGCAGCAAGGUUCAUGUAGAUCGACGCUUUGUAAAUCAGCGCAAGAAAUAAAAAAAUGAUCUAUUUUUAAUA